UGGAAAAUGUGCUGUUCAGAUGCAUGUCUAGAAUUACUGAGGCUUUCUUCAAAAAUUGUUUGCAUCCUGGAUAUGAGUUUUUUUAUCUAAAAAGGAAGAAAUGGUUUUGAAGUAUAUUAAUAAAAUAAUUUUUCUCUGUAUGACUGUGGUUGGCACUCUGGGAAAUGUUUCUGUUUCUGUGAAUUAUAUGUUCAGUUGGUGGGGAAGUCCUGAGAAGAAACCCAUACACCUCAUUCUUACUCACUUGGCUUACACAAACAUCAUAAUCCUUCUUACAAAAGGAUUGCCAAAGACAAUACUAGCCUUUGGUUUGAGGAACUUCCUAGAUGACAUAGGCUGUAAGAUCAUUGUUUACCUGGAGAGGAUGGCCAGGGGUCUCACCAUCUGCACCAGCAGUCUCCUCACUGUGGUCCAGGCCAUCAUCAUCAGUCCCAGAGCAUCUGGGUGGAGGAGGCUCAGACCAAAGUCUGCAUGGCACAUCCUUCCGUUCUUCUUACUCUUCUGGGUAAUCAAUGGUUUAAUAAAUAUGAACCUAAUCAAUUCCAUCACAAGUAAAGAUCUGAAUAGAUCACAGCUUACAAAUAGUAACAACUAUUGCUAUUUUAUGAUAGCAAGUUGGGAAAUAAAACGGAUUUUUCUCCCUCUCAUGGUCCUGAGAGAUGCAGUGUUUCAGGGUGCCAUGGGAGGGGCCAGUGGCUACAUGGUAUUUCUCCUCCACAAGCACCACCAGCAUGCCCUCUACCUUCAGAAAUCCAAGCUUCUCUACAGAACUCCCCCAGAGCUGAGAGCUGCCCAGAGUGUCCUCCUUCUGAUGCUCUGUUUUGUAUUCUUCUACUGCACAGAUUGUGCCAUUUCUCUAAUUGUAAAUCUCUUUUUAAUAGGAAAUUCCUUGAUAAUAAGCAUCCAAGAGUUUCUGACCCUUGGUUAUGCAACUUUUAGCCCUCUUCUGCUGAUUCACAGGGAUGGGCUUCUGGCUGACUGUUGGCAUACUCAGUUGGAGAAAUUAAGAAAAUGUCUCCCACAAUUUAUAUGUCCAAUAAGUGUCAAAGAAGUCUCAGUUCUGCAAUAA